UAUAAACUGAGAAAGACCACGCCGUCGAUGGAGCAUAUUUUACGCAGUCAUUCUUUUUAAAUAACCGAAUUCAGUUUAUCUACAUAAAAUUGAAUUAACUUUUGAAGAAUUUUCGUUUCUCAGUUGCUGAUUAUCAUUAAUAAGUAUAUUUUCGAAAUGGUAAAAGUGAGAGAAUUCUGUUGCGGAUGUUCACUUCGAAGUGGAACCUUCAUUAUUGCAUGGGGCUCACUCAUGAACUGUUGCUUGUUUUUUAUUUUGUGCAUUGUUAAUUACUUGAGCCUUCUUCGUCAAAGUAAAUAUAAUUAUUCCAGUUCCCAAUCCUCAUAUUUAUACAGCGUUGCAACACCUUCUCCUUAUAUUUUUACGUACAAUGUAAUAAGGAUUGCUGUCGGAAUAGCGGUUUCUAUCGUAGCAAUAUGGGCAAUUCAAAAGAAUAAAGUUAAAUUUUUGGAUGGUCUAUUUUGGUACCUGUGUUACACCGCAGGAGCUCUCGCAUUUAGCUCAGUAUUAGUGCUCUUUUUACCUUCUUGGGAGCUAGCACUGAGCGCAGAAAAUCCGAUUGUCACUACUCAAAUUAGGUACAACAAAGAACUGGAGAACAGAAUGUUUCUUUUCCUUUUAUAUCUGUUUGGAAUUGGGAUUUUAUCCUAUUUUGCUCUUGUUAUAAAAAGUUUCCGAGAUUAUAGCCUGAGAAAUGGUGCUCAGAAUGCUCAAUUUGUUGGUCCAGAUCCGACAGCAGUGGGAUUUUUAGCUGCCUAGGAUGAUUAUACCUGUUUAAUCCGUGACUUGUACAUAUGUUUUAUUGACAACGAUAUUUAAUACUUGAGCAUUGAAUAUUCCAUUUGAGUAAAUUAGAUAAUAUUUUUAAAAAAUUAUACUUUAUUGUAUUACAAUUAAUAUUAUAUACCUACUUGUUUAAUAAUUACAUAUUGUUAAAUG